UCAGUUUUAGCUUAAAAACCCAAAACCAGAAAACUGUUAUGUAUUCUUCAAUUCCCAUACAAUGUUUUCGGUGUUCUAUGGCUUGUAAAAGGAUUAUGUGUGUUUCAAAUUACACUGAUUCAUUUAGUGGUUACUCAAGAACAAUAUGUAAUAUUAUUUCUUCUAAUAUGGGGAAUAAUAUUCUACAGAAUAAACAUCGAAGAAUUAACAAUUCCAAUUUUAAAUUUUCAACGAUUCACACUUUAAAACGGGAGGAUGGAAAUGAGGUUGAAAUCAAAAAAAUGGACUGGAAAGACUUUGAUAAGCAUUGUCUUGAAACAAUUGAUAUCAAUUUUCCUGCAACACCAGAUCAUUCACAAUCAUUUGCGGAUUUUGCCAAUUAUUCAAAAAGUUUGAAAGCACUGAUAACAAUGGGUGUUGAGCUUCAUUCAAUUGAAAGAACACACCCCAAAGCACUAGAUUUCUUGGCAACUCUAGACUUAAUUAAUGACAUGAAGCCAAAAGUUGAAUUUUUAAUAAAUCUUGGAAUAUUACAUGAAGAAGUAAGCCGAAUUAUCACAAAGAAUCCUCUUAUCUUGGAUCCUAAAUUGGACAUACAGAAUAUGAAAGAAGUAGUUGACUAUCUCUCAGACAAAAAGUUUACAAAAGAAGAAAUGUUGUCCUUAAUAGUUAGAUGUCCAGCUGUGCUAUCUAACUCUGUCCUUGAGUUGGAUAGCAUUUUGGGAUUUUACCAAAAGCUUGCUACAAACAGAUCAGAACGAAAAAUUCAAUUCACAAAUAAAGAACUGAAAAUUAUAAUAAUCAGGUGUCCAAUACUUAUUUUAAGCAAUCUAUAUGGAGUAUAUGAACAAGUCAGAACUUUGGAACUUUCUUGUGAAUUCACAUUAUUACAAAUAAGAAAGUUAAUUUUGGGAUUUCCCCACAUACUUAUCAAAGAUGCUAAGCAACUUGAUCUUUUAUACAAAUUCUAUAAUCGAGAGAUGGGAUAUUCAAAUGAAGAACUUGUUGAUUUUCCAAUGGCAUUCGGUUCAAGAAUAGGGAUUGUAAUGGAGCGCCAUUAUUUUUUGAAACAUUUGAAAAAAGCACAAUAUAAAAGAGAUAAACCAGGUUAUAUAUCAUUAGAUGAUGUGUUUCGUGGUACAGAUGGAAUUUUUUGUGAGAAACAUGGACAAGAUGUCAGAACUUUCAGGAAAUUUAUUAAAACUCUGUAGUUACUGCUUCCAUAUGUGAUGCAGUAUUUUGUAAUAAGUCAUAGCACUUUCGUGUCGCUUUCGCCAAUAAAGAAAAUUUACUUUGUUAUAUAAUUGUUAGCAGUUAAUAGUUCUGCUCAUUCUAUUCACCAUUGGCAGUUGUAGUAUGCUGGGAAUGGGUUAAAAAAUGUCCACCUCUACAAUUCUG